CCGUAUAUUUUAGAGAUUUGAAAUCUCUAAAGCUCAAAUCCACAAUACAAAAAAACAACAAAAAAACAUAACUUUCUACAAAAUCUACGGAUUCAAUGAAUCCACGACCUAAAUCCCAUUCUCCAAACGACCCCUUAGAUGAUUUUAAUUGUGAAUUCUGGGGGUCAGAAUCCACUUUUUGAAGCUUCAACUUUGUGUGAUCUUUUUCUUUGGUAAUACUCCGUGUACCUGCGGCUCAAAAUUAUGGGCAUCUCCACCACGCAAGACCCCUGGGUGUGCCAGUGAUCCACGGUUGAGUUAGCAAAGACACCUAUCGGUAUAUUCUUGAUCGUAUUGAUAAGAAACUGGCAGGUUGUUGGAAAGCAGAUACUCUCAUCUCACUCUUGUAGGCUGAGCCACUUUGGCCCUUUAGGUCCUGAAUUCCCUCCUCACAUAAACAAUCCAGACAACCCUUCUGCCUAUGUGGUUUAGGAGAAGAACCAUACUCAUUCCGGAAUCAUAGAUUAGGUAGCUCGUAAUCAAACUAUAGCUCUCAAAGACACUGUCAAUCGAAAAUUACCAACAACACGGGCCUAGCCCACAGACAUUCGCAGCAGGCUCUCUGAAAUCCAGACCAAAAACCCCAAGGGUUCUCUUUCGAGUGUUGUUCUUCCUCGAGCAGAGAGCAGCCAUCUCCAAUCCGCAUAUCUCCAUCCAUGGCUGGAACCGGGCGAGGAGGCGUACCGAUCGGGAACAAAAAGCCCGAAGCUAAUGCUGCUGCUGCUGACGAGAAGGACCUGAGAUCGUACACCAUUAGUCUGUUUCCCCGCCUAACCGUGAAAGUCGGCGACAACGUCCAGAUGAAAUUUGGCGCGGCUAAAAUCGAACGCCUCUUUCAAACCUCAAAGGGUGUUUAUUUCAAUGCCCGGUUCUACAUCCGCUCCCGGGAUACCAGACUAGCAAUCCUGCCCUUCAUUUCGAAAAGGGAACUCUUCCUCGCCGAGUCCACAGAGAUUCGUUGCGUAACUAGCAUCGAAUCGAAGGUCACCGUUCACUCUGCUGAGGAGUAUUUCGAGUUCAAGAAUGCGGGUUUCUUAAUCCGCGCUCGCUUGCAUGAUCUCAGGAUUUGCCUCUGUGAAAUGCCGUGGAACCCGGACGUUCCUAUGAUGGAAUGCAAAGACUGCGGUGAAUUGUUCCAUCCAGCUUGUGUAGGCAUGACAAGGGAUGAAGCUGCGGAGAAUGCUGCGAAUGGUAUUGACUAUGUUUGCUCGGAAUGUAACUCUCAAGUCGCGGCGGGACUUCCUAACCAGUGGCAGAGAGAGGUAGUGACGAAAAACGAGGCAACAAAACUCUUUAGAUAGACAUGGUUUAGUAUAUGAUUUUUUCAAGUUUAGAAUCCAAUAUCCCACGUCGAUAUUAGCUCACGUAAGGACUCCAGUCAACUCAAAAUUCAUUAUAUACACAAAUUUUAGUGUUGUUAAAAUUUUAAGGGCCCCAAUGAACUUUCAGCCCGGAUCAUGUUUAGUGUGCGCCACGGGUCUUACUUGCGGCUUUGUUCUAGUGUCACUCUUGACGUGCUCAGUGCAUCUUGGUGUGUGGUUGCACGUUGAUGUAUCUCUUUUAGUUCUUGAUCAAGGUUUCCCCCAUGAAUAUAUUCUCCUUCUAGAUUUCUUAUGUUAGGUUCAACUUUUGGAACUAUCCAGAAUCCAGAUGCUAUAAGUGUUGACACUUCUACCAUCAUGUUUGAGUUCCUGUUUCCCCAACCGAGUUCGAGUCUAUAGAUCCACAGAUAUGUGGAAUUGUCAUAUUUAGCCACCUCUUCUUUAUGAUAUCUUUAUGAAUGCUUCGUGCAGUCUCGAUAUCUAGAUGCGCUAUGGCUGAAGUACGAUCGAAUUGCCAGUUUAGGAUACAAAAGAUGUAAGCCAAUAAAGCCACUUGGCUUUAGCUGUUUCCUCUUUCAUUGGUAAUUUUUACUUUUCAAAGGAUGGUUGAGUAUUGUUUCUUACAUUUUUUGUGGUUUGUGAAACUGCAAAGUGUAGCAAAGAGAAGCUCCCUUGCUUAACUAUGGUUGAAAGGGUGAAGCAGUGCAUCAACGUCCAAGAUGGAUUAUGGCCUUCUGUAAGCCCUUGUCAAACACUGAAAAGGCAUAUAUAUAGUGGGCCUAAAAAUUCAGAAUUGGACAUCUCUGAGCCCAUUUCUGGCCCAUCAAAGCCACUGAACACACUAAAACACUACAAAUCGUCACACCCUACACUAGAAAUAGAAUACAUUCCGCACGGCUGUUGUUAGAUGGCAGAACUUCGUAGCCACAAACUCUUGGAACUCCACAGCAAGCCUAAUAUCGGAUACACACCAUGGACCGCAAUCCUUCCCAGAGCCUCAAUCUCUCCAGCGAUGCCCACAAUUUGGGUUGCAACAGACGAAGAACAGCGUCAUACCUUCCUCUCCUCUGGCCGUUGCCUGCAUUGAGAUUUUUCAGCAGUUUAAUUUCAUACCAAUAUAUUAUGUACAACACCAUUAUCACUUUGUAAGAUGCUUUAAGGCACCCAUUAGCACGUCACAGAACGAUAAAUCUCUACAGCAAAUGCAUCCUACGAAAGGUGUAGAUAUAACAGUAUAGCAAUUAACAGACAAGCAUAAGAUAAGAGCUCCUUUCGUGCACUCCUUUCAUUUUAUUUGGUAACGACGAGCGCAUCUGAAAAUAGGAUGCAGAGCAUGGAAUUUGAGCAACUUAAAUAAGACUAAACAGAUGCAACUAGCAUCAGGAAUUUGAGCAUCUUCGAUCGUGUAAGUGGACUUUUAAGUGGCUGAGACAAUAGAAGUAUGUUGGUCGUGAAGUGUAUCCUCUUCCCUAUGGACUGUAAGUGGCCUAGACAAAGUAACCUAACGUACUCAAAGUACCCACUCAGACAGCAAAGACGUGCAACACCUCCUAGCUACACUUUUAGGCCUCAAUCAAGAGAAAAGUAGCCUGAAAACUGACGACAGCAGUGUAAUUAUUAUCUACAAAUUCUUCAGAAAAGAAGGCGAAUGGAAUAUAUAGAGAAGUGGAUGCACAGGGAAAAAAAUGAAUAUUUAACCACCAG